UGAGCGUCUGCAAGUGCAAAAUGACAAUGUUUGGUUAAAUUUUACCAUUGUUUUUAAUGCGUUUCGUUUAAACUUUUCUUCAUAAUAUGGGGUUUGCUUGUGAUGUGCACAAUGUGAUUAAUUCGUUCAACAAGUAUUCAUACACUGCAAUAGUGUUCAGUAUAAGAACUAGGAAAAACCUUUGAAGACUUGUGCUGUGAUGUUGAACUAGAUUCAGUAUCAGACAAUAGACUAUGAGCAAAUAUUUUAGAUUAUAAAGAGUUUUAAAGUGUCUACAAUACUGAUUAAAAACUUACAUUUCUCGUGGUUCUAUCAGUGCUAUUAUGUGUCAUAGAAAUGACAAUGAUCUGUGAUAACUUUUACUUUUUUAAAACACUUGUAAAAGUAGGAUAUGGCUCUGUACGAAUUUUUGCCACUAUGUGAUGUUUUAUUUAAUAUUAUUUCUCUCGCUUCCUACUUUUGUGACAUAGUUUUUGAUGUUGUCAUGGGUUACGCAUUAUUUGUAAAGGGAAGAUAUGUAUGGUUUUCUGUAAUUAUUACAUUUGUGCUAAUUUCUUUGGUGGUGAGCCAAAUAGUUUCACUGAGGUGGUAUUUACAUGCAGUUGAAAGCCAUGAACGCAGUAAAGAAAAGUCUGCAGAAGGUGAAGGUACUAAACCCAUAUCGGCUAUCAAGAAAUUUGCAAGAUGGUCUGUUAUUAUGUUACAUAUAAUUCAAUUUGGUGUAUUGUGGCGCUAUUUUAAACUGUUCAUCCCGGUUGACCUCAGAUUUGUGAAAUAUGAAGUGAGAGAUCUUUGUAUGCUCCGAUUAUUACAUGCAUUUUGUGAAGCAGCACCUAUGUUAUUGUUACAAGUUUAUUUGCUAUGGCAUGAAACGGCAACAAAAGAGUUUACUGAUCUAAACAUUGUAUCAAUGACUCUUUCCUUGUUCAGUGUGUGUUGGGCAUUGGCGUCCUUCAGCAAAAACGUAAGGAUGCAAAAUGUCCAUAGACUUGUUUUAACUUGGCUGGGAGUAAUAUUUCAAUUUCUGUGGCGACUAGGCACAGUGUCGUGUCGGGUGAUCUCACUGACUGUUUAUGCCACAGUGUAUGGACGAUGGGUGUUCCUUGUUAUUGUUCUCCACUGGGUCUCCAUGUUUCUUUGGCUGGUAUCACCCAAAAAUGUUUUCCAUGGUGAAAGAAUAUCAAGACAACGAAAAGCGGCAUUUUCAACCCUGAUUGCAUUUGUUUAUGUUUUUGCAUAUAUAAAUCUACAAGAGGUCAAUCACCGCCAGAAGAUGUUGACAUUUUAUAUUGUGAUGGGGCUGGAGAAUGCCCUUCUGCUAGUCGCUUGGAGGAUUGGUGUAUCUCGUAACCCACCCUGGUAUUCUGAAAGUCUCCCUCUUCUUGUUGGAUCACUAUUUGCUGUCGGGCUCUUGUUUCAAGCCCUCUACUAUAGGUACUUCCAUGUAAGAAGAUUGAACUAUGAAGCUGGUGGUCGACUUUCUAGUAACAACUCCACUGCUCGACUUGCUCCCAAUAGGAAAGAAACAGCCAAUGGAACAAAGGAGCUGGCCAGAAGACACAGUUUCAGUGGGGCUUACAACAACAACGGAACCAUCAUCGGUGUGACAGUUCCAGCCAAUGUUGAAGAAUCAUCACAACCAGCCGUCAAGUACAGGUAUUGUGCUGGCCACCACCAUGGAGGGAUCCCAGGUGUGUUCAACUGCAGAUUUACCAACCCCUAUACAGCGGCCAUGACAAAGCGUAAAAAGAAGAAGCCUACGUCAUUCGUUCCUCCACCCUCUGUGGGAGAGAACCACAAUCCCAUCCCCUUCUGGUGCCGGCCACUGCCUACUAGACACAGCCAUCAGGGUGGGUCGAGUGAGAACGAGGGCAGUAGCGUUGGUUCCCGGGUGAACAUUCAGCAGAAACUACAAGAGAAGAAGCAGAAGCAGCUGGCUGAACUGCGAGUAAUAGAGGAGGAAAUCAAGCAGGGCAAGUUGGGCCCGAGCCCCACCAGUGUAGGUCCAGAACCCCCGCCUCCACCUCCGCCAAGAGACAAGCAACCUCCGCGACCUCGCCCUAACACACCGGAGAUACUACUGGCCCCCCAUUACCUGGACAGCUACGAGGCUUGGACACCGGCCGAUACUGACCCUAUCUACAGGUUUUGCCCGGAGGACACGGAUAGCAAUCAGCAGAUGUUAGUGCUGAUGUACAAAACUUAUCGAGUGUCUUCUGAUCUCGACUCCCAGGUGUCGCUGCCUCGCUCUUAUACUCUACCCACACAGUUCAAGUAUUACCGGCGCGCUCGACCGCGCAAAGCUCUGCGCUCGGAGCACUUCAUAGCUUCCACUAAUUCUAGUGAUGGUGACGUGGAUUCUGGAGAUGACAAUGACUCUGAAUCGUCGCACACUGCCUCGCAGCCUCACCCCAUCCGACUGGCUCAGCCGCUGUACCGACGUAAACAUGAGACUAAGCUGUGACCAAGUCCCACCUGUUCCUACCUACUCUCUUGUAUAUAUCAGUAUUUAUUUUCUUUUUUUAAAUGUAACUUAUAGUUGUACAGUCAUCGCUCACUAAUCCGGGCAAUAUCAGAGGAGAAUGUCAGACUUCAGGUUAACGAUAAACAAGACUUUCAUGGGUGUGUAGAAGUUAUUCGACCUUUUUGGUGUUAAACCGAAAUUGUCUAUGAGUAAAUUUUUGUUAGGAAGAAUGUCUGAAUAGAUUGUGGUUUUUAUGAAGUGUGGAAUUGUUUUAGAAACAAGACUACACAUUUUUGACUCAAUUAGUAAUUGAUAUUUUACCGACAACUAUUUGGUGCUAAUCACUCAGUGAACUGUUACUUUACCUCACUCAAGCUAUAAUUCCCUUGUCAAGUUGAUUGAUCGCCGUCUUUCUGUGUUGCAUAGUGAAUGAGUCGGUUUGAUUGAAAAUUUUAAUUUAAGCAUUUUAAACAAUUAAAUAAAAUCUUUCUCAGUGAAAAUUAAAAUGAAUCUUUUAGUAAAUAUGAGGUCUAGAAAAGGAUAACCAAUUGAUUAAACCUAAAGGCUAAUUUGUGAAAGAAGCCUAUUUUACUUGGGCAUAACCCUUUGAGUGCCUCGAGCAGGUGAAACAAUUUUAUGUUUGCCAGCCCUACAUGGGGUGUUGCUUCUAGGAAUGUCGACCAUUUUUCCACAUAAAUAAAGGUCUUUUGGAAAAUCGUCAUAAAAUACUUAAAUUUAAUAACAUUUUUGGCUUAAAUUUGUUUUGUUUUGUAGAUUAUUAG